CCUUGCAAAUCAACUUAACAAACCACCCAAAGCCCCAAUCCGUUAGGUACAUCCAAUCUAUCUAUACUACCCCAUGGCUUUCUCUUCAAACCAAAUCACUGUCCUCAAAGCUCUCAUGCUACUUUCCAUGGCUUUCCCUGCAGCCACCGCGGCUCGGCCAAUGAUGGCCAAAUCCGCCGCCAGGCAACAGGCAGAGGCCGGUGGCGGCGCGGGAAGUGACUACUCGGAGUGUUUGGAGACGAUGUUCCAGCUGCAAUCGUGCACGGGAGAGGUCAUACUCUUCUUCAUGAACGGGGAGACGUAUCUUGGCCCCAACUGCUGCCGCGCCAUAAGGACCGUGGAGCACAAGUGCUGGCCUUCCAUGUUCGCCUCCGUCGGCUUUACGGCGGAGGAGAGUGACAUUCUGCGCGGCUAUUGUGACGCCGAAGAGGGCGGCCACGGCGGAUCAGCCGAUGAAGACGACGGCGAUGCAUCUCAUGCUUUCCCAUCUUGCCCUCACCAUAACGUCAACCUUACUACGUUCGAUGAGAUGGAAUCUUUGUCACCUUAAAUUUUUAUGGUUAUGUUUACCACGUGUAGUGGAGAAAAGAGAAAUUAUUAUUUCUUAAAUUAUAUACUUUGAAGUUCCUACCAUAGGUUCAAUAAAAGAAGUUAUCGAAA